CACAUGUAGUAAACAGCAAUUCUAAAUAUGUUUCUGGCAAAGUUUUGACAUUCUCAAUAUGUUAGAAGUGAGCUAAUUAUUUAAAGGAAAUAUUAAGUCACGUAGAUGCGAAGGAUUGUAUAAGUUUCCUAAAUCAUUUCUUCUAUUGUAAGAAUUUUUGAUAAUCUGGAAUGUCUUCAAAUGUGCAUGUUUAUGCAGGAUUUCCCUUUCGACUUACUGUGCAAGACUACUACCACAUUACAAAUUUUUUUGCAGAUGAACGUAAAUAAGUCAAGUAGCACGUGACCAUAUUUGACCAAUGACAUUUAAUGUCCGUCCUUAUCAGUGAACUCUACAACAACUCAUUAUACACAAACCUAGACUUGUUUGAAGCCACGUAGAAGCUGAUUUGCUGCUUCGCGUGUAUCUCGCGUGGACUGUUUUAUUUGCGUGACGGAUUGUUUUGCAAAAACUGCCAACUUGGAAAUAUAAUGCUAGCCUAAAUGCUUUAUUUUUUUCAAAACCGUUUGCAAAAUUUGGUUAUUAAUGUGUUAAGAUGCAUUGUGGACGUUCCAAGACAUGUUUUGUAUACGUAAUGCUGUAUUAUAUAAAACAUAAAAGGGAGAACUUGCUUCGAAAUAUGAAUUUCUCAUUUGUCGUCGAAAGACCAAAAAUUUAAGAUAAAACUGAUAACAGGUAGUAUGUAUCUUUGAAUGCUGUGCAAAAUACAAACAAUCCACUUAAUAUAACAUGUUUCAUAACAAUUUUAUUGCUUUCAAAGUUAGACUUGCUUUGUAAGAAUUUCACAUGCUCUUUUUGUAAUGUGUGAAAGAGUUGUUGUAGAGUUCAUUGGUCCUUAUCGCCUUUCACCCUUUGGCACCUUUUCCGCGCCAUGUUUAAAAGGAGUUCUUCUUGACACAGUCAUUUCGUUCACGAAUCACGAAUUCAACCAAAUCUUCUAUAACACAAGGAUCAUUUCUUCCUCAAUCAAGUUCAAGAAAACGACAGAGAAAGAGCUAUGGGGAAAAGUUGUUCAUGAACUCAGCAAGCCCGUUGUCGAAGAUAAAGGAUAAAAUAGCCUCUAGCAAAAGAAUCUAUACUCCAUCAUUCCCGUUAAAGAAGAAUAUGCUGAAGCUUGAAGUCAAGACAAGAGUGGAUACACUGAAUUUCGUCCACUACUCAAUCAACAACACGAAAAAGAAAUUCAAAGGUAGAAAUGCCAACGUAAAAGAGGCUGCCAAGAAACAAAGAUAUCAGACUUUAUAUUGUAUGAGUGAAGAAGAAUUUUUUAGAACUGCGAAAGAAUUGUUGAAGUUAAAAAAUUUGGUUGGAGUGAAGAAUGCUAAAAUGCGAAAAAUGUCAAAGGACGAAAAAGAUGCGAUGAAGAAUAAUGAGAAGAAGGAACAAAGAAGGCAAUCUUAUGGCUUUGACGAAACUAAAGUAAUGGAUGCGACACGGCCCCCUAAAAAGAACGCUUAUACAGCAAAAAUUUCGAGUUCUUCCAAUUUGUCAGUUGAUGGAAUUCUGCAUUUGUUUGAACUAUCAGGCAACGAUCAUGUCCAUUCGUAAAUUUGAACAGAAACAGCAGCAGCAAGUACAAUGGCAAGGAUAAAAGGGCGAAACCACGUUGAAGUUUAUGUAUAGAGAGAAUUACUUGGUCACUGGAAGAGAGUCUCAACGUGGAUUGAACGUAAAUUAUUAACUAUCAAAGCGGAAUUACUACGAGUUAACGAGGUCUACCAGACAAACCAAAUGUCAAUGGAUAUACCGGACGAAAUCUAAGCAUUUGAUAAGCAUACAGUUUGUAUAGAAGCUAUGGAAUUGAGUGAUAGCGUAACGCAAUAAACAAGAGCGCCGUGAAGACUAUGCAGCUUGGUUUCUUACAACAUCCGAUUUCCUCAACACAAUAUUUAGAGAUAAUAUGGCUGCGUUGUCAAAUAUGCUGUGAUAUGUUAUAAGUGUCAUAAACCAUUGAAAUGUAGGAUAUGACUCGUGAAAUCGACAUUCCUAAAGAAUACACCUCAAAAACAACGGAACGAUAGGAAAAUUCAUUUCCUAUGUAUAUUAUAUAAAAGUUAAAAGAAGACAAGUUAUCGGCUGCUUUAAAGCCUCCACCAAUGUCAAGCCAGAAAUAUGUCAUCCUCAUAUUUAACUACGACAAGUGCCAUUGGAUUAAUAAAGCUAAUAUCGACAGCAGCCGCUAAAAGAAGUCUGCAUUGCUGGCCGUAAGAAAACGUGCUGCUUUUGAAAGACUUACUUGUCUCUAUCUUUUUCAAAAGAAUUUCGAACUAUAACUAAAUGUAACUAUAGAUGUUUUGCUAAUGUAAUACCAAACUAACAUUAAUAUAAAUGUAUUUAUUUGUACUACUCUUUCACUCUUUAUAUCAACACUCGUUGUAAUCAUAUAAUGUAUUACAUCUUUUUCUAUUAUUACACCUACUUCCAUUAUUUCAAAAAAAGUGCUCUCUAUUUAAAAUUUUAUAACUGCAAAGCACUCUUUUUAUAAUUUUCGAACGAUAAUUACAAAAUAGACUAAUCAAGUCUGAGUUUCCUUUAAAUGUAUUUUAAAAAUAUUUUUGAAUAAGUAAACAUUUUAAAAUUCUUUA